UCCAUUCUCUCAUGUAGACCAGCAGCCAUUCAUGUUGUUGGACUACUGCUGUCGUUGUUUUGGAUUCACACUCAUAAAACGCCAUGGACCCUUCUCCCUCAAGACUACACCCAGUGAUACCUUGGUUGUCCUGCAGAAUCUGUUGAUAUGCAUGGUGUGUUUCUACUCUCUCUACUACAUCGUGGUCAGUGUGUGCAUUGGACUGCUCAGGGUUCAUGAGAUCAACAGCUUGUUGGCUCCGUUUGACUACACAACACAACCGUCAUGGCAGAACCCCAAAUACCUCGUUGGUGUCAUUUCCACAGAAGUGACCUAUGUGUUGGGAGGACUGGUGUUCGCCUGGAUCGUAGAGGAGUGGGUUUGGGAUUACGCCAUAACUGUCACACUGCUGCAUGUCGCCAUGACUGUAGCAGUGAUGUCAGACUUCCCUUCAGCUGAGCACUGGUGGAUAGCUCUGGGUUCAGGCCUGGUGAUGAUGAUAUUUGGAGGACAGCUCAUGGCCUAUAAACUCUUCAGGAGCAACUUUGUCUAUCCCGCUGAACUGCAGAACUUCUAAUGAACACAACGAGGAAAGCUUUUAACUGGCUUACUGGUUAAUCUCAGGUCCGGAUACGUGCAAGUGGAUUCACUUUUCAACGACUGUCACCACAGCAGGUUCAUGUUAACACCAGUUUGAGCAACUACAGUAUGUCUGUCAAUAAUAUAUAUAUAUAUUCUAUAAAGCAACCACAAUAAACACUUUCUCUGCUAGAUGUGUGUCAGCUCACAGUCUGAUCCCUCCUUGUACAAAUCUGUUUUCUAACACAUAUUCUGUACAGUUUAAAUAUUGUUUUGUAUUGUUUCUUUACAAACUACCAAGUAUAAACUAAAGGUAAUAGAUGAGGUGACACCUGUAGCAAAUGUGACCAAGUUUAACAAACUCUGCUGACACUGGUGAGUUACCACAGCAGCAACAUGUUCUGAUGUAAUGAUAGUGAACAUGUUCAUGCGAGUGCGUAGUGUCGUAGUCUGAUAAAUAAAAUCAUUAUCUGUAUUUUAAUUAUGUUUGUAUAUAUUAGUUAAAACUGGAUUUACAUUAAAUACUUAAAGCAAAAUGA